CAUCUCUAUUUUUCCCUCUUUCCUGUUUAGGAUUUUGACCGAACGCGUGCUUGUUCUCGUCCGAGCUAAGGCCAUUUGUUAUAAACAAUUAAUUUUUGGCAACUUGCACAAACAGUGAUUAACCACAGCACUCCAACAUGUCCACCAAAGCCGAGCUCGCCUGCGUCUACGCUUCCCUCAUCCUGGUCGAUGACGAUGUUGCCGUCACUGGCGAGAAGAUCAACACCAUCCUGAAGGCCGCCAACGUCGAGGUGGAGCCCUACUGGCCCGGCCUCUUCGCCAAGGCCCUGGAGGGCAUCAACGUCAAGGACCUGAUCACCAACAUCGGAUCCGGAGUCGGUGCCGCCCCCGCCGGAGGCGCUGCCCCCGCUGCCGCCGCCGCCGCUCCAGCCGCCGAGUCGAAGAAGGAGGACAAGAAGAAGGAGGAGGAGUCCGACCAGUCCGACGACGACAUGGGCUUCGGUCUGUUCGACUAAGCGUCCUCUAGAGACUCAUCUGCCGCCCGACAACCUAACAUCCGUUGUGUGUUUGUGCUCUAAUCCUCGAGAGAGGCGAACGUGCGCCGUGUUUCCCGACCUGCGUACACGUUUUAAUGUACAAAUUCGAGGAAAUAUAGAAGACGUUUGCUAGAAA